AUGGUGAACCACAAACCCAUUGUGCGUGACCACCUGAUGGUGGUCCCCAUUCGCUGUGUCGGGACGAUCCACGCGCUGACGUUGAAGGAGGUGGAGGAUUGGGGCCGCGUCAUGCACCUCACACUGCGUGUGUUGAAGCGGGUAUCAGCCGUUCGAGGCAGAGCCAGCGAUCAUGCGUCGAGCGACUCAUCCGCUGCUCACAUUGGCGCCGUGGAGGGUGGCUUCAGCAUUGCCAUUCAGCAGGGGACGUUUGCAGGGCAGACGGUGCCGCAUCUUCACACACACAUCAUACCCUUCGACCCGCGUGGGAAGCUUGCGGGGGAGCCGGAGGAUGAGGCUGUGCAGCAGCGGCAGCCCUGCCGUGCGGGGGAGCAGAUGCGUGAGGAAACGGAAAUGUUCAAGUCCUACUUUGAGCUUCUCGCGGGAUGA